UGACCGAAAGGGGAAAGAAGGUAGAUAAAUUGAGAGGUGGACGAAAGAUUGGACCUCGCCGGGUCCAAAAUUCUCCUUUAACAAGCACCGGGGGCCACUUGUCAAAAAAACAUCACUACCACCUACACAACCACAACAACUGCUGCUGCCGUCUACAUCACCCAUUUUAUUGCCAAAAAAACCGUAGCCACCCCCGAUCGUGCUAUCUAAGCCUUAAAACUGCAUUGCAAGCAAGAUCUAACAUAAAGAAUGAUUAUUUCUGCCUAAGGGAACCAGAGAAAUAACUUCAUCCGGCCGGAAGAAAUUCGAAAUAGACUGAAGGAGAUCGGUGCGUGUAUCUAAAAAGGUUGUCUGGUUUGAAUAGCGUUUACAAGACACAAAAAGAAGAAGAAAAAAAAAAUGGCUAGAGGAAAGGAUAAGGAAAACGAUGGAGGUUGGAAGAAAUUUAUGUGGAACCCCGAAAAGAAGGAAUUUUUGGGAAGAACAGGUGGCAGCUGGUUCAAGAUCCUUUUAUUCUAUCUGGUGUUCUAUGGAUGUCUAGCUGGUAUAUUUAUUGGGACCAUUCAAGUGCUUCUCUUAACCAUAAGUGAAUUUGAACCAACGUAUCAAGACCGAGUAGCACCACCAGGUUUGUCCCAGGUUCCAAGGGCAGUGAAGACAGAAAUUACCUUUAAACUUUCCGAUCCUAAAACCUAUGAAGAUUAUGUGGCUAGUAUUGAUGCAUUUUUGAAAUCUUAUGACCGUGAGAAGCAGAUAAAUCCUAAAGAAUUUGAAGAUUGCGGUACUGAACCUACAGGCUACAUAGAAAGAGGUCCUAUAAACAAAAACGAUGGCAUGAAGAAAUCAUGCAGGUUCUAUCGUGAAUGGCUGCAAAACUGCUCUGGCUUAAAUGACCCUGAUUAUGGCUUUAAAGAGGGAAAACCUUGUGUCAUUAUUAAGCUGAACAGAAUUUUGGGAUAUUAUCCAAAGCCUCCUACCAAUGAAAGCUUACCAGAAGAUUUAAUAAAUUAUAACAAAAAUGUCAUUCCUAUAGUCUGUCGAGGCAAGAAAGAAGACGACGUACCUAAAAUUCAGGAGGUGCGAUAUUAUGGACUGGGUGGAUAUGCAGGUUUCCCCCUGAACUACUACCCUUACUAUGGAAUAAAGCUACACGAAUCAUACCUGCAGCCACUGGUGGCUGUGCAAUUUGUCAAUAUAAGCAUGGACACAGAAGUUCGUAUUGAAUGCAAGGCAUAUGGUGAAAAUAUCGGUUAUAGUGAGAAAGACCGCUUUCAGGGACGGUUUGAUGUAAAAUUUGAAAUAAAGAGUAGCUGAUCACAAGCACAACCUUUCCAAAAUCAUAAACUAUAUAAAACAAACUUCUAGUCUUGAACAAACUGUCAUGUAUGGGACCUACACUAAAUAUAUAUGCUUCACACUAGCUUUCUGCAUUUACUAGGUUAGAAUGUAAAAUCAAGGUGUAGCCAUAGAAAUAUAUUUAUUCUACUGUAAAUGAUAAAAGUAAAUGACUUGAACCUUGGGACAUGCCCAUUCUGCUGUAAAUUAAUGAUUCCAUAAUCAAAAAUGUAGUAAGCAGUGUUUCUGGCCCCAAAAUAUUGCUACUUUUUCUGUCAUUUUUAUUUUUUUAGUGUACUUGUACAGUAGCAUAUGUGCAUACUCUGCAAUUUUCUCCAAGCCAUGUUUCUACUUUGUGAGCAAGUUUGCAGUCCAAGGUGUAAAUACUCUAUAAUGGGAAUAAAACUGGCAUGGUAUUUUUGUUGCUACUUUAAAAAAAUGUAUAAAAACACAAAAAAAUUGACCCACUGAUGAGGAUAUUUAAUAGCACUCCACAGAGCCCUUUUUAAAUGUGGCAUUGAUUUUAUUUGGAUAAAGGGGGCUUUUUCCGUUUUUUUAUUUUAUUUCCCCCCCCCCCUCUUUUUAGCUUCACUUAACUGCAAAAGGUGAUGGGUUGUGCUGUGCUUGUAUUUAAUGCUUUUUAUACAAACUUGUUUCCCCUUAAUCCGUAAGUAUGUUUUGAAGGUGUGUGAGACCUGGGUCCGACUGUCACUUUUGCCAGUAAUAGGGCUAUUUUUGUUUUGAGUUAUAUAUAAUAUAUAUAUUAUUUUUUUUUUUCUGAAAGCAUCACACUUUGGUGCUGUGUCUUUGCAAAUGUUUUAUCCAUUAUCAUGGUGGAAGAAUUUUAUAUUUAUGCAGUUGUACAAUUUUAUUUUUCUUCAAGAAAAAAGUAAUGUAUAAAAUAAACCAAAGUCAUAUGUUGAAAAAUAAAUCUUUAUUUUAAGAACUUUAAAUGCAAUGCAGUACCCCAUAGGAUGUAUUAAAUGUCUACUGUGCGCACAUUGUCAAACAUCUGUAAUAUUUGCCAAGAGUACAGCGCUCUUGUUCAAAAUAAGUCAAAUUGAAACAUCAGACAAUAAAAUACAUAAAACCAA